GUUUCAGUGAAGAUGUCGAUCCGUUCUAACGUCUUCGACUCUGCCCAUCUCUUGGCCUCUUUCAGAGAGUCAGAAGAGUGGUGGGUGACAAUGUGAGAGAUCAAUGCAAUAGAGUGUUGUCACAAAAGUGAUGUCUCAUCUAUGACAAUGACAACAUGCUCGAGCAUCACAGAAGUGGAAAAGAGGAGGAGAUGGAUAUGAAAACUUAUUGAGACAAUCUUUUGUAGAUGGAUUUUGGAAACAUCAGAUUAGGUGGAAAUGUUCUGUUUCAGACUAGACUGUACCCAGCCCGGAUGUGAGGGUGUGUGAGGAGGAGUAUAUAAGAGCAAGCUCACCAGCUCACUUCAUCAGUAUCAAGGAUAUCGGUCAUCAUCAUGUUUUCAUUCUUUGUGACAGUUCUGGUAGUCAUUCAAUUCAUUUCUACUUCUGGUGGUCAAAGUGUGUCAGAUGAGAAAAGUCAGCAGAUGUGUGUGUCUGCCGGUGUUCCUGGAGUAAAUGGAUCACCCGGACGAGAUGGAAUGAAAGGAGAAAAGGGGACGAACGGAGAGAAAGGGAUAAAGGGGAAGAGAGGAUUAGUUGGAGAUGUCGGUGGUAAAGGUAAUGCUGGGAAGUUAGGCCCACAAGGCCCAAAAGGUCUACAAGGGAGAAAAGGAGAAACAGGAAAGAAAGGAGAGAAAGGAGAAGCUGUGACACUCAACUGGAAACAGUGUGUGUGGAAUAGAGAGGAUCCUAAGGACAGCGGUCUGAUUCAGAACUGUAAUUUUAGGAAACAUGACAGCAAUUCAGCUCUACAUGUUGCAUAUGCAGGAAAUCUCAGAGUUUACUGCUUCAGUGGUUACUGCUGUUCUCGAUGGUAUUUUACAUUCAACGGUAACGAGUGCAGUGGACCUAUGACUAUUGAGGGAGUUGUGUAUGGUAGUCCAGCUAAUGAUAAUCCUCACCGUCACAGACAGAUUGAGGGAUACUGUGAGAACAUUCCAGCAGGUCAAGUCACAAUUGGAUUCAACAUUGGAAAGUGUAAGCAAUACUCGACGACUUAUGAUGGCCAAUCAGGAUCUUUUUCGGCAUCUCGCAUUACGAUUGCAGAAGUUCCUCCAUCACAAAAGUGAGUGAAUUAGAGAGGAAUUAGAACUUGUGUUCAGUAGAGUUUGCAGUAUGUACAGUACAAGGUAGCUGAAGUAGGAGACUGGAUGAUGUGCGUGCAUGUCUCUCUUUGCCGUAUGUGAGUGUAUGUAUGAGUAAUUCAACAUGUAGCUGCAACUAACAAUCGAUAUCAU